UUUACUUUUGCUGCAUUACUUUCCAGAGGAUCCACGGUUUUGAUAUCGAAUCCUUUUUGUUUCAGCUUUCAUCCUUCUCCUCCAGGUCAAUCGACCUCCAUCACCACCCGAACGGCAAAACCCGUGAGAACAUGAUCUUGAAAGUCUCGAACACACAAAACACACGACCACAAAACCCACCUCGGCUAUGUACUCAUCUCAGACAGCAAAAAACUCUGACCGAAGAUCCCAUUUCCUAUUUCCCGUCCCGACAAAGAAGUCGCCAUCGGAACCCCUAUCCAGACUGGAUACCUACCCUUUUAGUUGCUGUCGUCCCCAACAACAGCAACCCAAGACUUUGAACGAGAUUCAACCAGAUGCCAAAUCUCAAUUCUUGACUGCGACAAUGAUCGUCAAUCGCUUCACUUUGGUGCACAACCCGUGGUCCCUUGCAGUCUCAGACUCCCAGUCUCCCACAAGUCACAAGUCGCAUCGCAACGAGUCCGCGCAAAGCCACGUUCCCACCCGCUGCCCCCACAUCUCAUUUAAAGCGCUGCCAGGUGAGCGGCGGAGACGGGCUGAACGGGGACCGGGAUUGGGACUUGGGACUUGGGACAUGUUACGGGCGCUACUCCUCGGAUUUCCAUUCAUUCAUUCAUUCAUUCAUUCAUUCACCGUCAUGCCCUUGUCAACUGUGUGAAUAAACUCACGACGAAGGGAUUUCUUGUGUCAUGCCUGCAAGGCCAGGUUUGGGUGCAACAAUCUUCUGGGGAAGAUGACGGAACUGACGAUAUUAACAACUUCUAAGUACAGCGGUGGCGGCCUC